AUGUCUGCUCACAGAGAACUCAAUAGAAUCGACGACGCAUAUUUGCAACUGGCAGGACCUGGUAGUCCCAUGAACAUCGACUCAGAAGGACGCACACAGAAACGGCGAGGGUCGACCAUUGAAAUGAAGAAGGUAUCCAGUACAUUCCGGAGCGAUAGCGUCAAGGGCGGGACCGGAAAGAAAUGGGCACUAGUAAUUGAACCAGCUCACUCUUCCAACGAAGAAAUCCGAGUCUUGCCCUCGACAUCUCCCACACCAGUACCAUCGGACGACGACAGACACGUCAUCAGCGCGAAUCUCUCCAUCCACUCAAGGACGCUCGCAGGUAAACUCUGCACGGGUGUGGAUGCGGGUCUGAGUUGGCAACACCCGCAGAACAACCCGCACCCUUAA